AUGUCUCAUAUCAUUUUCAACUUGUUUGUGUUCCUCUUCUUUUCCUCCAUUGCCUACCAUUCACAUGCACGAAACCACCCUAAGACCUCAUCUCUAGUCCUAGGUUUAACUAAUACGAGGACGACCAUUAAACUCCCCAAAGAAUCCUCAUCAACCUUGAACCUUAAGCUAUCAACCCAAUCAUUACAAACAUUGGACAUAAUGGAGCCCUUGAGAGAAGUUAGAGAUGGUUAUGUUAUGUCUCUAACACUAGGGUCACCUCCACAAGUUAUACAAGUGUAUAUGGAUACUGGUAGCGAUCUCACUUGGGUGCCUUGUGGGAACCUCUCUUUCAAUUGCAUCGAUUGUGAAGACUAUACAAAUCAUUCGUCUGUGUCCAAGUACUCCCCAUUGUAUUCAUCAUCUGGUGUUAGGGACACUUGUUCUAGCCAGUUUUGCAUUGAUGUACAUAGCUCUGAUAAUCCUUAUGACCCUUGUAAUAUUGCUGGUUGCUCAUUAAGUACACUAAUUAAGGGCACUUGCUCAAGGCCAUGUCCUUCAUUUGUUUAUACAUACGGGGAAGGUGUUGUCACGGGAACUCUAACUAGGGAUACCCUAAGAGUCCAUGGGAGUACGAACCAUGACGAUACUAGAGAUGUAACCAACUUCGGCUUUGGUUGUAUUACAUCGUCUUAUAGAGAACCCAUAGGAAUUACAGGAUUCGGGAAAGGUCCCCUUUCCUUACCUUCUCAAUUAGGGUUUCUUCAAAAGGGUUUUUCUCAUUGUUUCUUGGCUUUUAAGUAUGCCAAUAACCCAAACAUUUCAAGCCCUUUAGUUAUUGGAGAUCUUGGAAUCUCUUCAAAAGAAAAUAUGCAAUUUACUCCAAUGUUAAAGAACCCAAUGUACCGGAACUACUACUAUAUUGGACUAGAGGGCAUAACUCUAGGUAUUGGUUCAGGUUCCUUAAUUCAAGUUCCUACAAAUUUGAAAGACUUUGAUUCAUUUGGCAAUGGUGGUAUGUUGAUAGAUUCAGGGACUACAUACACUCAUUUACCACAACCGUUCUAUUCCCAACUUAUUUCCGAGCUCCAAUCUAUCAUAGAUCACCCACGAGCUACUGAAGUGGAGGAGCGGACGGGUUUUGACCUAUGCUAUAGGGUUCCAUGUUUAAACAAAGAUGGCAUGACAAUGAUGGAUGUGGAUGACCACCUUCUUCCUUCCAUCACAUUUCACUUCAUGAACAAUGUGAGCUUGGUCUUGCCUCAAGGGAACAACUUCUACGCAAUGGGUGCACCACGUAACUCGACGGUGGUCAAGUGUUUGUUAUAUCAAAGCAUGGAUGAUGGUGAUUAUGGACCAGCUGGUGUUUUUGGUAGCUUUCAACAACAAAAUAUGGAAGUUGUGUAUGAUAUGGAGAAUGAGAGAAUAGGGUUCCAAACAAUGGAUUGUGCCUCUUCUUCAGCUUUCCAACAACUUCACAAACCUUGA